CCACAAUCUACGCCCAUGGGAAGCCAUUCCACAAAUCAAAAGGCUAUGCGACCAUGCUACCACUCCCGGAUGGCUGGAGCACAAUGACCUCUAUCGACAAACGUCUGCAUCAUAAUCUCCGUAGGGUUUUCAGAUCCGGCGUCACUGCUGAAAACCUCGCACGUUAUGAGCCGGCAAUACUUCGAAACUUGGAGGUAUACUUCUCUCAACUUACCAAGACCAAGGAUAGCGACGGUUGGAGCGCUGCAGGUGACAUGAGAAAAUGGAACCUGUGUUUGGGAUUCGACACCAUGUCGGACUUUGGCUUGGGCAUAAAAACGAACUUGCUGUGCGACUCAGCCAGGGACUACGUAUUCCUCGCACUCUACACCCACGAGAAGAAAAUGGGUCUCUGGGAACAAUUACCAGUCCUUAAUGACCUCGGAGUCGGCGACUUCGUCAGCUGGAUUUUCCCUCUCCUAUCUCCCAAAGCAAACCAAUUCGCCAGCUGGUUCCAAAAGUUCCUUGACCAAGCGCUUGCCACCAAUGCCACCCAACCCAAGGGCAUCUUUGGCCCGGUUAUCCAAAGCGGUUACGGCAACCUGGAGAAGCCUGGACAUAACUGGGCCAACAUGAUCGGCGAAGGCGCUUUCAGCACCUUUUCCUCGGCUGAUGGCUACGGCAUGAUGAUUUCAGGGUUUUUGCACUAUCUCUCCCACUACGCGCAUGUGUACGAGAGACUCGCAACAGAAAUGCGCAGCAAAUUCAAGCCCGGCGAGAGAAUCGUGUGGGGAAAAGAACUCGAGUCAAGCGUCUAUCUCCGCGCCGUCAUCGACGAAGUCAUGCGUCUUCUCCCUCCAGCAUGCGGCGUCCACUGGCGAGAGUGUGAGCAGGAUGGCGUCACCAUCGGCGCAGCUCAGGUCCCCAUGCCUGUGGGCGCCGAUGUGGGCAUGAGUCUCUUCGCGUUGUUCAGAGACGGCAGGAUCUUCCGUGAUCCAGUCCGAUUCUGGCCAGAGCGCUGGAUCCGCGACAUGCUGCCCGAAACUGAACAGGCGUUUGCCCGGAAGAUGUUCACGCCGUUCUCCAUUGGGCCGAGGAACUGCGCUGGUGGCCAUGUCGCUGUCAUGAUUGCUAGUAUUGCGUAUGCGCAUAUCCUGGUAAAUUAUGACUUCAAGUUGAGCGGCAGAGAGCAGAAGACUGCCCCUCAUGUUUGGUCGAAUACCCCAGAUGAGGUUGGAGCAGACAAGGAAUUGAUUUUUGAGAGCCAUUACUCUAUUGCUGGUUGGUUGAACGGUCCGUUCAUUCAAUUCAAAGAGCGAGUGGUAUCCAACCAAAGCUAG